CGCAGCUGAAGCAGAGCCAUGAAGAGGACAUCGCCUCCGUCCGUCAACAAGACAAAGAUCACCGACUCCAAUCCGUACAAUCAUACGAGCAACAACUUGCCAAACUGGAGGAAGAGAAGAAAGAAAACCAAUCAUCGGCCAAGCAAGGGCUCAAGAGAAUAGUGUCCAAGAGACGCAAGAACGGGGCCGACAAUUAGCUGAGGCUAAGGCAGAGCACGAAGCUGCGAUCGAAGGGUUAAAGGGGGAGCUCCAGACUACCAAUCAAAAGCUGGAGCAGAUGGAAGCAGGAAUGCAGAAACUCACUGAGGAGAGGCAGAGUCUACUUGGGGAGCUGGACGUGUUGAGGAGGGAGAUGGAAAAUGAGAGACAACGACAGGUCGCGCUAGAAGAAGAGAGACGUAUCGUGACAGAGGAAGAGACACGUACGACAUUGAAUAAGAGACUGAUUGAGGAGCAAGAACUGGAAGCAAGACUAGCCUCCGUGGAGAGCGAACGACAAGAAGCCGCCCAUACCAUUGCGCAAUUAACCUCUGACAAGGACGACAGCUCAAAAGAGUUCGAUAUUCUGGCCUCUCGACUGGAGAACCUUACCAUUGAGUUAGAACAAACCAAGCAAAGCCUGGUCGACAACGGUACUGAUUCAGACUUGAAGCUCAAGACCCUCGAAGCGCAACUCCAAGAAACGCUAGCAGAGAACGCAGCGCUUAGCAAGCAACAAGGACAAGGUCUCCUGAGACCAGUUACGCCCCUGAACAAGUCUGUGCCUUACAGCAGGUCCACUUCAGUUGGUGGCGUGAGCCAGCGGUCUGGCGCCGACUACUUUGCUCACUCGGAUUCAGAUUUCUCUGAUAUGAGUAAGGUGAUCACUGCUGGGGAGCUGCUGUUCACUCAGAGGAUUAGAGAGCACGUCGACCACCUGGAGCAAGCCCGAGAGCAGCUCAACCAUGAUUACCAGCAGAAGUUUGAGGCCAUGGUUGACGAGAAGUCUCAGCGUGAGGAGCGGCUCGAAUUACAACAUACUACAGAGCUCGACGCUGCUCGUAGUAAGCUGAGAGCCAGUUACACCCAACCGGUUGAUACUGGCAUCAAGAAAAUGGUACCUGUUCCGCACGAGGGCCAUGUUGACGAGCUUCAAAUCGAAGAGACACGCUUGGUCUCUGAGCACGCGGAGCGAUUGGCCAAUCGGAGGUCGCAGAUUCAGCGUCAGCACCAGUCGCAAUUCCAGGCACUGAGCGACGAAUAUGACAAGAAAAUCGCCGAACUGCUUGGAGAGAAGGAAAUGCUGGAUUCAGAUCUAAGCAUUGGCCCUGAGCGCUUCGAGGAGAUGUCGGAACAGAUCGAUCGUCUGCACAGCGCGGCCCAGAGCCCUGCUUCUGUACGCCAUAGACCCUUGCGCUCGGUAACCUCGAACGACUACCUACAAGGCGACCGUAACGCUCACCUAUGGCGUAACGUCGAGACGUACGCACCUACUCGCUCAGAGUCCCCUGGUGUCGCAUCACCUAGGCCUCAGUCCGCCGAUCCGCAAGGCUCACUGAGACGUAAGACCAGUCAGAGUCGCCUCGGGUCGUUCAUGGGCAAGAUAUCAUCUCCAUUCAACUCCAGCCGCUCCUCUCGUUCCUCAGCCUCAUCCUCACGUCCAGGCUCAGCCCGCCCUAGAACCGGUCAACGUGUUGUCUCCACUCCUCCCCCAUCUUCUCGCCCUGAGUACAGCAAACACAGCUUUUCAGAAGGUGGAAGCACAUUAGGUCGCAGCUCUACACGACCAAUGACCGCAGAGGCUAGAGAGCACGCAGACAUGGACUUCUCCAUCGCACCUGCACAGUUCGAAGCAUUGCAGGAAGGCAAAGAGUUGAAAAGUGAAGGGCUCUCGGAGAGGAGAACCAGUGCUGUGGGUAUUGAACAGCAUAAAAGUCCGAAGAUAUUGAGACAUAUUUCUGGCUCGAUUAGGAAGAAAAUGUCUUCGUAGAUGUAUGUUGUCCGUGGGUCGAGGCUUGAAAGUCUGGAUUCGGAAGGAAUUGGAUGGCUUAAAGGGGCGGAUGUGUAUUGUUGAUGCAAAAGUUUUGAUCGCAUUAGCGUUGCAUUGCGUUGGUCUUGUGGUGUUUAUUGUUCGUUGGGGUUUGUAACAUCAUUGUACUUUUACAGGUCGCCGUUGUUGUUGUAAUGCUAGUCAUUCUUACCUACCUG